UUCUAUUGUGGUGUACCCUUAGGACUCAACUACUCUGUAUUCGAAUCCUCUUGUUUUUAUCUCUGUAAACCAACACGAAUCAAAAAUGGAGAUCAGUUUCUUUCUUCUUCUCACCCUCUUGUUAUUAGGAACAAAUUAUUCAUCAGCUACUGUGUUCAGAGUUGAAAACAGUUGCAGCUACACAGUCUGGCCCGGAACGCUCUCGGGAAACGGAGCCGCCCUAGGCCAGGGCGGCUUCGCGUUAUCUCCAGGACAGUCGCUGUCAUUAACAGCGCCUCCUGGAUGGUCCGGCCGCUUCUGGGGCCGGACUGACUGCACAUUUGACAAUGCAGGCGCUGGUAAAUGUGUCACCGGGGACUGCCCCGGAGGCCUAAAGUGCACGGGGGGUGGCGCACCUCCGGCCACACUAGUGGAAUUUACGCUUGCUGGAGGCAACAGUGACAAGGACUUUUACGACGUGAGUCUUGUGGACGGGUACAAUGUUGGAAUGGGAGUGAGGCCAGAGGCUGGCACCGGGGAUUGUCAGUAUGCGGGGUGUGUCAGGGAUUUGAAUGAGAAUUGUCCUGCGGAGUUACAGGUGGCUGGGGGAGGAAAGACUGUGGCCUGUAAGAGUGCGUGUUUGGCGUUUAAUGCACCGGAGUAUUGCUGUACAGGGGAUCACGGGACGCCUCAGACGUGUUCGCCAACAAAGUAUUCGGCAUUGUUUAAAAGUGCUUGUCCGAGUGCAUAUAGUUAUGCUUAUGAUGAUGCGUCCAGCACCUGUACCUGUGCUGGCACCGAUUAUCUGAUCACUUUUUGUCCAAAAACAUAACUGUAUGAUCAUGGCUACAUCACAAAUUCAUAUUAACUGCUUA